AUGGAUACCAAUAUACAAGCAAUCCCUGGACUAGAGAAGGCUUUUGCUGUGAGGCCGGCCUCGGACGAUAACGAUGACAUCUUCACUAAUGUAAAUCCUCUAUGGUGCCCGCUCGGACUGAAUGCCGUAUUUGGGGGCGUCCUCAUGUCUCAAGCCCUUAACGCGGUAAUGCAGCGAGCGUCACCUUCCUUUGUCGUCCACAGCAUGCAUUGCCAAUUUAUCAAGGCCACACGGGUUGGGACCCCUGUUUUCUAUCAUGUGAGCCGAGUGAGUCAGGGCAAAGCAUCCAGUGUGUACACUAUAUCUGCAAGGCAAUAUGAUCACGAUGUCUUCAUCGCAACCGUGAGCUUUAGACGGGCUUCAGCUCCAGUUGGGAAUGUCUUGAAACAUGCAGUUCCAAAGCCUGAAUUAGUGUUUGAUGACGAGACGCAACCCCAUCGCUAUGGUGAAGGCACUGCGAGAUCUCUGUUUGAAUUUAAAAUGGCAACGGCUACCAUCGGUAAGCCCGAGAAACGAUAA